AUGUCUUUGCAAAAUUUCUCUAAUGAUGAAUUAUUGCUUAAUGAAGAAUCUUCUUGGUUGUCAGAUAAAGAACUGCUCUUAUUAUCUGAUGAACAACGGCCUUUAUUAUCGGAUAAUGAACCAUUAUACUUAGAUGAUGAACUUUCCUUGGAUGAUGAACUUUUUGUUGAUAGCAGACCUUCUUCAGAUAAAGAUAAAGAUCCAUGUAAUUCUGCUCAAAAUACAAUCUCGCAAGCAUUAAAAUCACAAAAAAAUAAAAGAAAAAUUAGUAAGAAACAAAAUAACAAUAUGAAUAAAAAAACUAAACCAGGAAAAAGCUGGGUAUGGCGUUAUAUGUUAAAAGACAAAGUUGCUAAAAAAAUUAAAUGCUGUGCAUGGAUUGGUGAUGAUAAUAAUCUUCAACAGUGUCCAGCUACAUUCGAAUUAACAACAAGUACUACAAAUUUAGCUGGUCAUCUUCGAACUGAGCAUAGAUUAAAUCAAACUGGUUCGUUAUUACCUUUAGAUGGUAAAAGAGAAACAACACGAUUACAACCUGUUAAAUUAGAUUUAUUACAGCCCACAUUAUUAGAGUUAGUUACUCGCAAAGUACUAUUGUCAAAAAAAAAACAGGAAAGAAUUACCUCUAGAAUCUUGGCAUGGUUAAUUGACGAUAUGCAGCCUUUUAAUGUUUUAGCAAAUGAACGAUUUCAGAAUAUCUUAUAUGAAGCAGAACCACAAUAUCAAUUUCCGUGUGAAGAUAUAUUUAAACAAAAAUGUUUAGUUCAAUGGACUCACAAACCCUAUAUCGGAAUUACUGCACAUUGGCUUUCUCCUGAAUUCGAAAUGCAUAAAGCUUUACUUACAAUUGAAGGUUUUCCAUAUCCGCAUACAUCAGAACACAUUGAAGAUUGUUUAAGAAGAGAAUUAGCUAAAUGGGAUUUAAGUAACAAAUGCAUAGCAGGUGUAACUGACAAUGCGAGCUCAAUGGUAAAAGCAUUAAAAGAUAUAGGAAUCUUACAUAUUCGAUGCACAGCUCAUACCAUUCAACUAGGAAUAAUGGAUGGUUUAAAGUAUGCAACCGACCUUAUAACUCGUGCAAAAGCUCUUAACUCAUUUAUUGCAGGAAAAGAUAAAUAUAGAGAAAAAUUACGGUCAAUACAACUUGAAAUUGCUAAAACAAAAAACCUACUAACCACUAAUCAAAAUGCUUCGAUUUUGGAUCCAAUUUCAAACGAUACUACAACGAGGUGGAACUCAACAUAUCUUUUACUAAAUCGGCUACUUGCACUUUAUGAAGCGAUAAAAAAGCUACAAAGCGAUCUUGCAAAAGAUAAAGAAAGAGAUGUUAGAAAUAAUGCUAGAACGCUUGAAACCUUACUUCUUAAUGAUGAUGAUUUGUUAGGAAUUCAGGAACUUGUUGAAUUAUUAGCUCCAUUCGCACAUGUUACAACUAUAGUAGGCGGAGACCAUUACCCUACUCUUUCAAUGAUGCUACCAUUAGUUAAAAUCUUACAAGAACACCUAUUUCAAAAAGAAAGAACUCUUACACACCCAACUAUAUGCGAAGUACGGGAUGAAAUUGAGUUGUCAUUUGGUGAACGUUGGGAAGAACCAGGAAUAGACGGAUAUAUCGCAGCUAUGUUGGAUCCAAGAUUUAAAGAUUUAAAUUUUGAGCCAAAAAAAUUUGAAUUAACAAAAAAUGAAUUGCAGCAUCGAAUGAAAGAAGAUAUCAAAAAUAAUAAUUAUUCUUCAAAAUACUUACUCAACAAUGAUUCAUCUACUUCAUUAUUAAGCUCACUAUUUGAAGACACCUCUCACCAAUCGUGUCCUGUCGAAACAGAACUUAAAAUCUAUUUUGACAUGCCUAAAAUGGUUAA